AUGAUCAUAACUCCAGAAGGAAGGAAUGUUCUCUCGUUAGACAAAAAGCAACUUCUUCAAUAUAUCGACUCAAAUAUUAUUGGUAAAAAUCUUCGAAUCAAUACUCCAUGGGGAUCUCGACAAAUUAUCUAUGCUGAUUAUACAGCGUCUGGACGUGGUCUAAUAUUUAUCGAGUAUUGCAUGAUGAAUAACGUCUUACCUUACUAUGCUAAUACACAUAGCGAAAAUAAUGCAUGUGCCUUACAAACUUCAAAAUUUCGUGAAGGAUCACGAACAAUUAUUAAACAAUGUGUCAAUGCAACUGAUGAUGAUGUUGUUAUUUUUACUGGAUCAGGAUCAACAGCUGCUAUUAAUAAACUUGUCGAUGUUUUACAACUGAGAAAUGAAGAUGUUCAAAGAAAAACUGUUGUUUUUAUUAGUAGAUUUGAGCAUCAUUCAAAUAUUUUACCAUGGAAAGAAACAGGAGUUGAGGUUAUACAAAUUCCUAAUACAAAAGAAGGUCUUAUUGAUCAAGAUUAUUUAAAAAAACAAUUAAAACAUUAUCAUAAUACUAUUCAAAAACAUAUUAUUUGUGCAUUUAAUGCUGCUAGCAAUGUAACUGGUAUUCGAACUGAUACUCAUCAUAUUUCAAAACUUGUUCAUCAAUAUGAUGGGUGGAUUUUUUGGGAUUAUGCAGCAGCAGCACCUUAUGUUAAAAUUGAUAUGAAUCCAUCAGAAAAGGCUUAUAAAGAUGCUGUUUUUAUUUCUACACAUAAAUUUAUUGGUGGACCAUCAACACCAGGUAUUUUAAUUGCGAAGAAAAAACUUUUUACCAAUAGAGUUCCAUCGGGUGUAGGAGGUGGUACAGUAAAUUUUGUAACUCGAACAAAUACUGAAUAUGUAAAAGAUAUUGAAACACGAGAAGAAGGUGGAACACCCAAUAUUCUUGGUGCUAUUCGAGCUGGUUUAGUUUUUCAUUUAAAAGAAUGUGUUGGUUGUGAAACAAUUGAAGCACGUGAAGAUGAACUAGUUGCGAAAUUUUGCCAAAGAUUUCGCAAUCAUCAAAAAUUAAUUGUACUAGGAUCAUUAACUGUUCGUCGAUUGGGAAUAUUUUCAUUUCUAAUUUAUGAAUCGUUAUUUGACAAAUAUUUACAUCAUAAUUUUGUUUGUGUUUUAUUAAAUGAUUUAUUUGGUAUUCAAGUACGAUCAGGAUGCUCGUGUGCUGGACCUUAUGUCUUAGAUUUACUUGAAAUUGAUGAUAAAACAGCAGAAAUUUUUACAAAAUUUAUUACAGAAGAUGAAAGCAGUCAAUCGAAUGGAAUUCCUAAUGUUAGAUUAAUGAAACCUGGUUUUACUCGAUUUAAUUUAUCAUAUUUUAUAAGUGAUGAAGAAGUUGAUUAUAUUUUAAACGCAGUUGAAUUUAUUGCUAAUGAUGGAUGGAAGUUUUUAUCGUUGUAUACUUAUGAUGCAAAUACGGCUGUUUGGCAUCCUCGUACUAUGCCAUCGGGAAAUCAUUUUUCUCAAUUUUAUAGUCUUCAAAUGGCUAAUGAAAAUUAUACAACGAAUGAGGAAUUUCAAAUACAACAAGUAGAACGUUGGAACUCAAAAGCCAUUCAUUCAAAUACAAAUUCAUUGUCCGAUGAUCCAAUCGAGCAAGCUGAAUCAAUGGCAAACCUUAUACCAGAAUAUGUUUAUAAUAUUGAUUUUCGAAUCGAUCCACCAUUAAAUAUUCCAGAUGCAUAUAAAGAAUUUAUUUGGUUUGUUUUGCCAAAAGACGUUAUUCAAAAAGUAUUAGUUAUUGAUUUUGAAACACAUCCAAAAGACAAUUUAAAAACAAUAUCAUUUCAUUCGAAAAUGAAAAACUAA